CGUAAUAAUCUUCAUCUGGAAGGAUUCAGAGAUCCUGAAAAUGACAUGAAAAAACAAGCUUCGAUGACGACGUGGAUGCGUGCUUCUCGUAACCAAUCGUACAGCGAUUCAUGUUGCAUGUAUGCAGCUCUCAACAUGUAAAUGAAUGACGUUGGUAGGAUGAGCACAAGCACUGUGACAGCAUUCAACAGUAACUUUCCGCUCGAACUGGACGGACUGAUGUGAACGGAAGCUGCGAGAGACAUUUAACGGGAGGAUAUCUCAAUAUAAUACAAUUUCUUACACUUCAAGAAGAGAAGGGGACAAAAUAAAGAAUGACGGAUAUAUUGAACAACCCAGAACACAGUCGAGAAGAUUUCACUAUGAGUGACACCGGAGAGCAAGGCGUUUCCUUUCAGAUUUUUCCAGACACAAAGGAGCGCCCCCCCAAGCUGUCCAAGCGCUUGCCCUCCAUCGUAGUGGAGCCCACAGAGGGAGAGGUGGAGAGCGGAGAGUUACGUUGGCCCCCAGAUGACCUAAGAACCGCAGACCCUUCCAGCCAUACACACAUACCCUCUGAAGAGAUCACACAGAUGUCUGCUUCACACACCCAGAUAUCACACAGCCAGAGUGCAGAUGAAGUCAAGUGCAGCAGUCUGGAAACAUCAGGGGCAGCUGAGCGUAACUGAAAUGUAUUAAAGACACUGUAGGAAGUCUGUCAUUAUCACAAGUUUCAGUUCUCACACAAACACAGCUGACAACCAACACUGGCAGGCGGGUGUGAAUAAGAUCAGAGUUCACAAUGCUAUAUCUGAGCACCCUAACACAUGCAUGACUUUAAAAAGACUUUUUCAAAGUCUCUUUUUCAAAAUGGCUUUCAGAUUCGAAGGCCUAGUUUUGUAUCUUUUCGAUCUUUAUCUUUUUGAUGCGGAAGUGGUGAAAGUAUCUUAAAAAAAUUUUAGGUAAGUCUGAGAAUAUACUGAAAGGAGUGUCAUUCGGAUGCCACAACUUGAUAAAAUUUGAAGAACUGUUCCUGGAUCUUAAGUAAAUGGUAAAUCAGCUGGCCAACACUGCAUUAUCAUUUAGCUUUAAUGACCAGCUGAUUGUACUUACCAAAUAAAUGGAUGUAAAAUAUUGAUUUGAAAUAAUUUUAUUAGGUGAGAUGAAAGCGAUCACAGAGAGAUUGCAAAAUUUUAACGGAGAUAAAAACAGAUCCGUUUUUUUAACAGUGAUUAUUCAGAAAUAUUUGUCCAUAGAAAUUUGUAAUUUACUCAUCAGAAUCAAUUUAUAUAAUAAGCACAACAUACACAAUGGUUUUGGAUACUUGGCGUAUAUCCAUAUCAAAUCUAGAGCAAGAUAUGAUUUGAUUUGUUGUUAUGCCAUUCACUUUGAUGUAUCCCAGAAGCCCAUAUAUAUUCAAUUAUUAUUGCAGUGACCAAUGUAAAUCUCAUAUUCAUGUGAACAUUAUUAAUCAUUACACACUCAAUGGCUGAAAACUUGAUGUGAAGAGACUCCAUCCUCUCCAGGCUUGUGAGGAAUGACUGCUGCUGAACUUCAAACAUGUCUGCCUGUCAAUCAUCCUGUGGGCAAGGACAUGAUUAUGUCUCCAAGCCCUGUCUGACUUUCAGCAGACUCGAAAUUAUUAGAUACACAAUAUUCUCAAAGGACUAAAUACAGAGACAUCCUACAACUUAUUUGAAAUUCUGACUUUAAAUAGUAGUGUUUGCUAAGACAAGCAGCUAUUACUAUUUUCUUUCUUAGGGUUAGGAAUUUAAGUAUUAUACUUUGGUAUAUAACUCGCUCUGAACAGGUUGUACUACUGACACUUCAUUUCAUGCUGGGAAAUACUGGGAAGGCCAACUCCAAUAUUGUGACUGGCAGUUAGUAACUAUGCUUUGGCGAAUAUGUGUCUUAUUUUUACGGUCUCAUUCGUAUGUUUUUGUCCAAUCUGCUUACGCUCCAGUCAUGUUUAGGGGUGGAAAAACCGCCACCUCGUAAAAUAGGUUGUGAGAUUGGUUUGGUAUUGCACAUACAGGCAUAAGUCACUUGCAUUUUUUUACAAAAAGAAAAAAAAAGAAAACUAGAUUUACAGCAAUAGUUCAGAUAUUUAAUGUUGAUAUUUUAGUGAUGUGAUUCUAAACCAUACACUUCAUGAUAUACAUUGCACUCAUGAUAUUUUCUUAAUUUGGGAAACUGCCUUGAUGUGUAACUCUGUUUAUUAUAUUAAAUCACAUUUCGUCACAUAAUGCUUAUGUUUGCUUUGAAAACCCUCCAUCACUAUCAUAUAUGAUGUGUCUCCAUCAAGAUUUUUUUUAAAUCUUUUUUAUUGGCAUGCAUUGAAAGUUGUGACUUUUAGUCAUUUUGAAUAAAUAAUGGAAAUUACACAGUUAACCAGAAAAUACUUA